AUGACGACAGCUAAAUUGAAUACCGUAGAUCACUUCGAUUCGACAUGUCGACCAUCCGCGCCUCCGGCUCCAUCACCAGAGCCGCAAGAGCAGCCGCCACCACCGCGGCCGCCAAGGGUCGGAACGACGAUCCAGCGCUCCGACCGGGUCGAGCAAAAGUGGCUCAUGCUCUUGGUCCAACCGCCGCCACUACCUGGGCGUAGACCGAUCCGGUCAUAUGAGAAACAACCGAAACCGAUGCAGAAGAUCGCAGCCGAGCCGCCGCCAGAAGAGAUCCUGCGGCCGAUGGGACCGAUGACUGCACCGCCCAUCAAAGUGGAGAUCGAGCCCGGUCUGAUCGUUGAGGUGCCGCAUUUCGCGGUACAUGUUAGCCGGCGCUACAAACCGCGAACUCCACAAGGACGUUGGAUAUUGCGUUUUUCCGGGGACGGAAAACUCCGUUAUAAGCGGAAAAUUGACUAG